CCAUCUUCCAGACCAUAAAGUGUGCCCACGAGCGAUCGGUGCACCUCUUCAUCGACUCCCUGCUGCACGACAGCAUGCAGAGCACGGCCUACCUGUGCGACAACAUGGACAGAUUCAGCCAGGGGCUGUGUCUGAGCUGCAGGAAGGGCCGCUGCAACACGCUGGGCUACCACAUCCGCCAGGAGCGGCACAGCAAGAGCAAGAGGCUCUUCCUCGUGACGCGAGCCCAGUCCCCCUUCAAAGUUUAUCAUUACCAGUUCAAGAUCCAGUUUAUCAACCAAAUAGAGAAGCCGGUAGAACCAACUUUUACCAUGUCGCUCCUCGGGACAAAAGAGGAAAUGCAGAAAAUUCCCAUCACUGUGGGUGAAAGAAUUACUAGCAAUAAAACCUAUUCCUUUCUGAUCACAUUGGAUUUGGAUAUCGGCAAGCUGGUCAUGAUCAAGUUCAAGUGGGAAAACAGUGCAGUGUGGGCCAAUAUCUGGAACACGAUCCAGACCAUCAUCCCGUGGGGCACGCAGCCCCACCACUCAGGCCUUGUUCUGAAGACCAUCAGAGUCAAAGCAGGAGAAACCCAGCAAAGAAUGGCAUUUUGCUCAGAAAACAUGGAUGAUCUACAACUUCUCCCAACCCAGGAGAAAGUCUUUGUGAAAUGUGAAGUAAACUCUAAAAAAUUAAAGCAGAAGAUCAGAUGA